UUUUAUUUAUACAAUUAUGAAUUUAUUAUAUUUAUAAAUUGUUGCCACAGAAUAAAGUUUGUUAUUAAUACAGUUUAGGUUUUCCUUAUUUUAGAAUAUAUUUAUAUAUAUAUACACAAACGCACCAUAUCUAUCUAUAUUUAUAUAUAUAUAUAUCUGACUCGUAUAAUAUAGAUGAGAUAAGCAUCGAAAUUGAGAGAUUGUGUUGAGACUCGAGAUUUCGUUGCUUUUCGUGCAAUUGGAACCGCCAUUUUUUCAUCAGGUGACAAUCCAGAAAUCGUCGAGUUUUUGUUUUUGGAAUUCUUUUAGUUGUUUAAACUGCCUACGUUUUGGAGGAGUUAUUGUUCGAUUUCUCUGAGUGUUUUGAAUUUGAAGAUUUUCGAUCAUUUGCGAGCGAGCGAGGGGUAUGGAUAUGGUUUAUAGUUAUUGUGACAACAAGUGAUGUGUAAUAAAGGUGUUCAAGCGUUGGGCGAAUCAAUAUUAGAUUCUGAGCGCUCAAUUGAACUGCAGGAGGCUGAAGAUUUAUACGAGAUGGAUAAUAAUAGCCCGACAUCGGGCUCGGUCCUGAUUUCUAAUGAUGAAACCCCGCGGGUUAAGUUCUUGUGCAGUUUUGGGGGUAGCAUACUGCCUAGGCCUCAGGAUGGGAAGCUUAGGUAUGUGGGUGGUGAGACGCGGAUAGUGAGUGUUGCAAGGGAUAUUAGUUACGAAGAGCUAAUGGGAAAGAUGAGGGAGCUCUUUGAAGGGGCGGCAACUGUUUUGAAGUAUCAGCAACCUGAUGAGGAUCUUGAUGCUUUGGUCUCUGUUGUUAAUGAUGAUGAUGUGAUCAAUAUGAUGGAGGAAUACGAUAAGCUGGGGUCAGGAGAUGGGUUCACUAGGUUAAGGAUCUUCCUUUUCUCUCAGCUUGAUUUUGAUGGAUCACUGCAUUUUGGUGAUGGGGAUGACAGGGACAACGAAAGGAGGUAUGUAGACGCGUUGAAUAGCCUUAAUGAUUCCCCAGAAUAUAGAACCCCACAACUUGGUGAAUUUCCAUUAGAAGAUCACAUCACAGAGCAGUACUUUAACCAGAUGAGUCUUGAGGGUAGCCUCCAUAACCAGAGAAAUGCUGAGAUGCACAUGCCUCAGGUUGGCUUGCAUCACAUUAAUAUUCCUCUUUCGGGGUUGGGGCAACCGCAGAGGUAUAAUGAGAUGGAUGCUCCGUGGAGUCCUGGUUAUUACUCCCCCAGGCAACCUGGACUUGAACCAAGGCCAGUGGCAGAGAUUCCAACUUCACCUUCAUCAUCGCGUUUCUACCCACCAUAUCAAGAAGUUCAAGAGAAAAGCUAUGAUAGGACUCCUGAGGAAUAUUGUCGUCUUCAUGUUAAUCAUCAAUCUCCCCAUGAGCUAUUAUUUCCAAAUGGACCACAUCAUGUACCCCAUGCACUUGAAGGAAACAGUAUCUGUGAGCAUUGCCAGUUGACUUUUCAAAGAAAUCAACCUUAUCCAGAUUCCUCCUGGAAGCCUGGGGACAGACCAUAUGCAGAACCAAAUCUAGGAAGUGGACUGCACCAGGUUGCAAAUUCUUGUGCUGAAUGUCCUCCAAAUCGGGAAAUGAUCAUGAUGAGUACAGAUGCAAACAUGCACCAUCCUUACUAUCCUAGGGAACAAACAGAUCCUCGUGCUCUUUACAAUGAUACUCAUAAUCAUGAAAGAGGGGGGUGGGUUAUGCAGCACCAAUCAAAUCCUCGGGUGGAGGAACCAAGGACACAUGUUUCUGGGGUUGGAAGGUUGACAGAUCACUACAUUAUAGACAAUGGGAUCAAUAUGCCUAUGGGGCAUAGCAAUGUAGCUGAUGCCCAUCAUGUGCCACCACAUUAUGUUCAUCACGAUGACCCUCGUAAUGUUCGAAGUGGGCAAGAUUUUGGUAAUCAAGUGUUUCACGACCAUGCAGUGGCCAAAGGGUCACACAUACAUGUUCCACCGGUAGAUGAGUAUGGAGUUCGCUAUGGGAAUUCACCUUAUGCAUAUGGAGCAGAUCCACUUUACCAAGUGCCACAUGGUCCUGUAGUUUCAAAUUCUAUGUGGAGAAAUGUUCAUGGCGCAAUGCAUGGGGGUCCCUCUUAUGAGGCAUGUGGUUCAACCCAGCUGGCAAAUGGGUCAUCUGGUCCUGCAUUUAUCAGGGGAGUGGUAGAGAAUAAUUCCAGAUUGCAAACUGGGUUGGAGUAUCCGACUUCUUGGGUUGAUUUGUCACAGAAAAAGAUGGCCUUUGAUGAGUCUUCUGUGCCUGAAUAUUUUCAGGGACAAACACGGAGAUUGACACAAAAUGCUUUUAAUCAAGAGAUUCAAUUUCCUAAUACUCUUGAACCUUCAGAGUUAUCUGAAAAGCUCAACCUUGUGACUCCUGUAGAUCCACUAUUGAGACCUCUUUCAACUCCUUUAAUUGACGAUAAGGUGGUAAGUUUGAGUAUGCCGGGAGCUAAGCCAAUACGCCCUGACUUGGAAGUUGUAGAUUCCAACGUUUCCACUGCCAUUCCCAUAGAAUUAACAAGGGACGUGGAUGGCAUAGAAAGUAGCUGCACUAUGAAGGCAGGAGAUAAUAAUGGUAGUGCUUCUCGUGAGAAGGAGAAGCUGCCAGAUGAUAGUCUGAGUUUCACACCUGAGUUGAUUGCAUCUGUGAAACAAAGAGCAAUGCAAAAUGUUAAUGAAGUGAAAGCUAAAGCUCAAGAAGAUGCUCAUUCUGUUAUCGAGGAUGAGAAAACUACAAAAGUAGGAAUUGAGAAUGAGCCCGAUGCAGUGGAUGUCCAUGGAGGCUCCGGGAUAGACUCUGAUAAUGAUAAUGAUAAUCUUGAUAAUUCAAAAAUUGAGCCAACAGAGGCCGAGGCUGAGGCUAUUGAAAGGGGAUUGCAGACUAUUAGAAAUGAAGAUCUUGAGGAAAUCCGGGAAUUGGGGUCUGGCACAUACGGUUCUGUUUAUCAUGGGAAAUGGAAGGGUUCAGAUGUGGCUAUAAAGAGAAUAAAAGCUAGCUGCUUUGCUGGAAAACCAUCUGAAAGGGAACGUCUGAUUGCAGACUUCUGGAAAGAAGCCCUGAUACUAAGUUCAUUGCACCAUCCAAAUGUUGUUUCAUUCUAUGGCGUAGUUCGUGAUGGUCCAGAUGGAUCUUUGGCAACUGUGACAGAGUUUAUGGUGAACGGAUCCUUGAAACAGUUCUUACGGAAAAAAGACAGGACAAUUGAUCGCCGUAAAAGGCUUAUCAUUGCUAUGGAUACUGCAUUUGGUAUGGAGUAUUUACAUGGAAAAAAUAUUGUGCACUUUGAUCUAAAAUGUGAGAACCUAUUGGUGAAUAUGAGGGAUCCACAGCGACCAGUAUGCAAGAUUGGUGAUCUUGGCUUAUCAAAGGUGAAACAACAAACUUUAGUUUCUGGAGGUGUUCGUGGGACUUUACCCUGGAUGGCACCUGAACUUCUAAGUGGAAAGUGUAACAUGGUAACAGAAAAGAUUGAUGUUUAUUCUUUUGGAAUUGUCAUGUGGGAGUUGCUCACGGGUGAUGAACCCUAUGCAGAUAUGCAUUGUGCCUCUAUAAUUGGAGGGAUAGUAAACAACUCCCUGCGCCCACAAAUUCCAACAUGGUGCGAUCCUGAAUGGAAGUCCCUGAUGGAAAGUUGUUGGGCUUCUGAUUCAACUGAAAGGCCAUCGUUUUCCGAAAUCUCCCAGAAAUUGAGAAGCAUGGCUGCAGCAAUGAAUGUGAAAUGAUGCUACUUCAAUGGCAAUCAUUUUUGUCGCAUCUUUCCCUACUAACUAUCGUUUAUCCAGUUAAUAGAGAAGCACCAUUAAAAUAAACAGAAGGAUAUGUUUCGCCGCCUUUGGGUUCAUUGCUGGCUAUGAGACUGCACUAAUUCCUUAGCACUGCUAUAUAUAGUUUGGUGAAGAGAGAGCUGCAAUUGCAUACAAGACUGUCGAUCGCGGGAUCCUAUUGGCCGAGGAGAGGAGAGGCGAGGGUAUUUUUGUUGCAAGUCUAGCCAGGUGGCUGCAGCUUGUAAUAAGAAGGAUAUGUACAUAAAAUUAUGAAACUUUGGUACUCAAUUUAUUAUUAUAUCACCCUUAACUUCGAUUCCAUUAUUGAAUAGAGCUGAGGUACUUUCGAUGCUUCAACCUCCAAAUUUUGCUGUGUAAACAUGUUAACAUGAAUAGUGCUAGAAUGGAGUACUGAGUGGCGCUCCCAAUAAAUAAUAUUUUAAUAAUACAAUUUUGUUUAUUUUUUAUUUAAA